AUGUCAGGGAAAUUAGAAGGAUGUGCAAUUUUUUUUGUUAUAUUGAUGAUGUUGUUUAUUACUAGUACUAUUAAAAUAACUAUUGCAUCAACAACUUAUAAUGUUGGAGAUAGUGAUGGUUGGACAUUGGGUGUUAGCAAUUGGCCUAAUGGCAAGAAUUUCAAAGCUGGUGAUGUGCUUGUAUUCAAUUAUCCUAAAAGUGUUCAUAACGUGGUGAUAGUGAACAAGGCGGAUUAUGACAAUUGUAAACCUUCUGGAAAAAUAUUUAAUUCUGGAAAUGAUAAAGUAACCCUUAGAAAGGGGACAACCUAUUUCAUUUGUGGUAUUGCUGGUCAUUGUGAUGGUGGUCAAAAGAUUGCAAUUACUGCAAAUUAA